CCAGGCCACCCGCGCACCCCUGCCCAUCGGCUCGGUGUGUGCCGGGCAGUGCCGAGACCGUCUCCCGCUGGCAUUGAGGCGAUUCGAUGCGCUUUGCUAAUAUGAAGAUUUGUAAUCUCUAUCUUUUGUAUUUUGGAUGCAUAAAAUUAAAUUAAUUUGCCUUGCUGCAAUGUAAAACACAGGAGCCUUUCUCUCUGUGUAGUGCACCCAGGCUUGGUCCUUGGUGCCACUCCGAGGUCCAUCCACCCCUUCUUAUGAAAUGGAAAAUCCUGAAGUGACUGUGAGCGGCUGCAGUGUGCAUGAUGAUGAAAACCUCUGCAGCUACAAACGACACUCAUCAGUAUCACAGGAGGGGCUUUUGGAAGACCAGCUUAGAAGGAAGUUGAAAUUUUUCUUCAUGAACCCAUGUGAGAAAUUUUGGGCCCGAGGCAGAAAACCUUGGAAACUUGGGAUUCAGUUACUCAAAAUAGUAAUGGUUACAGUUCAGCUGGUGGUUUUCGGAUUGAGCAAUCAAAUGGUGGUUGCCUUCAAAGAAGAGAACACUGUUGCAUUCAAACAUCUUUUCUUGAAAGGGUAUAUGGACAGAAUGGAUGAUACCUAUGCUGUGUACACACAAACAGAUGUCUAUGAUCAGAUAUUCUUUGCAAUAAACCAGUACCUUCAGCUACCCAACAUCUCUGUUGGAAAUCAUGCUUAUGAGAAGAAGGGAGCAGAAGAGACACCUCUGGCUGUUUGUCAGCAGUUCUACAAGCGAGGAAUUAUCUGUCCUGGAAAUGACACAUUUGAUAUAGACCCAGAGAUUGUGACUGACUGCUUGUACAUUGAGCCAACGACUUCAUUAGACAGCACAACAAUUGGAAAGCACAAUUUGAAUUUCACUCUGGAUUUCCCCAGACUGGUGGCAGUGCAGCUCAUGUUCAAUCUGAAGGCAAUCAACCUCCAGACCGUUCGUCACCACGAGCUCCCCGACUGCUACGAUUUCACUCUGCGGAUUGUGUUUGAUAAUAAAGCACAUAGUGGAAGAAUUAAAAUAAGUCUAGACAACGACAUAGCAAUCAGGGAAUGUAAAGACUGGCACGUUUCUGGAUCAAUACAGAAGAACACUCAUUACAUGAUGAUCUUCGAUGCAUUUGUCAUGUUGACUUGUCUGGCUUCAUUGAUCCUUUGCACACGUUCAGUGAUUAAAGGAAUUUGGCUCCAAAGGGAAUUUGUUAGCUUUUUCCUAUAUUAUUAUAAGAAAGAAGUGUCUUUCAGUGAUCAAAUGGAAUUUGUUAAUGGAUGGUACAUCCUGAUUAUCAUUAGCGAUGUCCUAACUAUUGUUGGAUCAACUCUAAAGAUGGAGAUACAAGCAAAGAGUCUGACAAGCUAUGAUAUCUGCAGCAUACUCUUAGGAAUAUCCACUAUGCUUGUGUGGCUUGGAGUCAUUCGCUACCUAGGUUUCUUUCAGAAGUAUAAUCUUCUCAUCCUAACACUGCGAGCAGCAUUACCCAAUGUAAUGAGGUUCUGCUGUUGUGCUGCUAUGAUCUACCUGGGCUAUUGUUUCUGUGGAUGGAUUGUACUGGGACCAUACCAUGUGAAGUUUCGCACUCUGAACAUGGUUUCUGAAUGCCUUUUUUCACUGAUCAAUGGAGAUGACAUGUUUGCCACCUUUGCAGAAAUGCAGCAGAAAAGUUACUUGGUUUGGUUAUUCAGUAGGAUCUACCUCUACUCCUUCAUCAGUCUAUUCAUCUAUAUGGUGCUGAGUCUCUUCAUUGCACUCAUUACAGAUACAUAUGAAACAGUCAAGCACUACCAGCAAGAUGGCUUUCCUGAGACAGAACUUCAGAGAUUUAUAUCACAGUGCAAAGACUCACCAAGCUCUGGGAGGUACAGAUUAGAGGAGGAAAGUUCUGCAUCUCUCUUCUGUUGUUGUAAUGGUUGUAUGUAUUGAACAUAUUUAAUGGAUUGCGGGAGAGUAUCAUGGAGGUUUUAAAGCAGCACACAUUGCAAGAACUGGACAAUGGAGCUGGUGGAAAACCUUAUCUCUGAAGACUUUAUUUGCUUUUC